UUUCCGGCCUUAUUCAAAGGCGGUUGAUACAAACUCAGGAAGGUUGUUUCUGUUCGUGUGGUGUUAAUAAUGCCACCAUAAUAGCGUUGUUUGCACAACGUAUUCUCUGAAUAUGAAGCAUAACGGUAACAAUAAGGAAAACCACGUCGACAGAUUCUUGGAGGUAGAUGAUAUUCCUCAAAAUGGAGGUGCAAAGCUACCGUCAAUCACAGAUUUCAGUUUCAUCAAACCAAUCAGCAAGGGAGCAUUUGGCAAGGUGUUUCUUGGCCAGAAGAAACUGGCCCCAGACAAGCUGUAUGCCAUCAAAGUCAUGAAGAAGGCCGACCUUGUGAACAAGAACCUCAUGAAGCAGGUGAUGGCUGAACGAGAUGCUCUGGCUGCAUCAAGGAGUCCAUUUGUGGUCCAACUGUACUACUCCCUCCAGUCUCAGCAGAACAUCUUCCUGAUCAUGGAGUACCUGAUUGGGGGAGAUGUCAAGAGUCUCCUGGCCAUCUACGGAUACUUUGAUGAGGAGAUGGCUGUCAUGUAUGCUGCUGAAGUGGCUUUGGCACUGGAGUACCUCCACAGUCAGGGCAUCAUACACAGGGACCUGAAGCCUGACAACAUGUUGGUAACAGAUCAAGGUCACAUCAAACUCACAGACUUCGGACUGUCCAAGGUAUCACUAGAUACAGUGGACGACUUCCAGAAGCCGGCAUAUGAUGCCAGCAGCAAGUUCCACAUCUACCGCACACCCGGACAGAUACUGUCUCUCAGGUCCUCCCUGGCAUUUAACUUGCCAUCAACCAGAAAAGCAAAGAAACCUGCACUGUUUGUCAGUCCAAUGCCUUCAGGUCAGAGGUCAACCUGUUGUAGUCCCCGUCCUCUGGGGGACAAGUCCCCGUUCUGCAGCCCCCUUCGGACCUACAGCACCACAUCCCCCUUGUUACGCAUCUCCCUCACCCCCUCCAGGAGGGGCUACCCAGAGAAGAAGAGGAACAUCUCUACUGGUGAUGAUGACCGCCCGCCCGCCCCCGUCCAGAGUCUCACACCAACUUUACAGGACUCUCUGAACUGGAGCCAAUCGGAAGCAGAGAGCACGGGGAACAGAUCUAGGAAGAAGGUCAGCACUGACAGCGAUCUGGAGACUUCUGAACCCAAAGCUAGCCUGUUCAGUCAGUCCGGGGACAGUGUGUUCUCGUCCACAGAAACAGAUCAGGACAAGCGAGAGUUGUCAUCUUGUGACCGAUCUCAGGACGAUGGUUGUCAGAGUCACGAGAAGACGUCUUCAAGACAGGAAAGCUUCUCUGAGGAAACUCCGCAACUUCAUCGGACUGAUGAAGCAGUGUGGAACUCGUAUGCUGCUCGCAACCUGCGCAGUAUGAGAGAGGGGUCUUACAGUGAAGAGAGUGAGGCUGACACCAGAGCCCACUCCAUGUCUGACGCUGACCUCAGCGUCUCCUACCUGGACUCGUCCGUGGAGUCCGGCCGCUUCACCAGCAUGUCUAACCGGGGCAGCAGUGGUUACAGCUACCCCUCUGACGAUGAGGCAGAGACCAGUCAACAAAGCUUGCGGUGUCGUGCUCAGCGGAGGAGAAGCUUUGAGUACUCGGAUGACAGCGCUCUGUCUCGACGGAGCAGCGUUGGCGUGCACGUGAUGGGGGUGAUCCGUGAAGAGAAACUGUCAUCCCGGGUUGGGAGCGUGUCAGACUGGCAGGGCAGUAGAGAUGGCCAGGACUGGAGAAACAUGGACGAAGAUAACUGUGAACUCGGCGACUGUGAUGUGAGCAUUGGGCAGAAGGAUGAGCGGUGUCGGUUGACAUUCCUCAGCAGUUCCAGUGAAGACAGUCAGGUUCCGUCCCAAGUGUCCAACACAGGUCUUACCCAGGAGAUCAGUUUGUUAACAUUCAGGCCUAGGGAGGACAGUCAGGACCCGUCCCAAGGACCCAGCACUGGUCUUACCCAGGAGGUCAGGUCCCAAACAGUCCAGUCCAGGGAGGAGGUGCAGGAUCCUCCACAUGAUGGUGCUUCUGAUGUCUUCAUGCCAGGCAUCAGAGCUGUUAGUUCUCCCCGAGUCCCCAACACCGGACUGACGCAGGAGAUCAGGACACUUGCGUUGAGUUCAGCCAGGAAAAAAUGGGAAGCUGAUGGGAAGAAAGACAAAAUUGCAGACUGUAACGACAGGAAGAAAACUGCCUUGGUAUCAGCUGCUACCAAUAAGCUGAAGAAGGACUUGAUGUCGGUGCCACGGAGCUCUGGGUUGACGCAGGACUUCUCAGGGCUGGAUCUGGCAGAUCAUGUGAUGAAGCAGACUAGGAAGAUACGCUUCAAGAGGGUGGACAGCACUUCAAGCUUGCCAGAUGUUACUGAAAUGUCCAAAUCUCGGAAAAGAACUUACGGUGACAUAGAAAAUUGCAUGAAGUCAUCCACGGAGGGUGGUGAGAUUGAGGAACAGUUAUAUGGAGAUGAACAUUUGCGUAAAAGAAGCAAUGUCGAGUCAGUUACGAGUAAAGAUUGUGUUGACGUUGACCUCAAUGAAGGUAACUUCCGUUGCCAUGAUGGCAGUAACACGAGUGAUGGUUCCUCGGCAGAGUCAUCUCCCCUUGUGGCCCCUGAGGUCGUAGCUUCGGAGUCUGGUGCGAUGAAGAGUCCGCCAUACACCGUGGUGGUGAUGCACACCUCCCCCGACCCCUCCCCUGUGGGUCUGCCCCCCUCCCCCCCUGCCCCCCGACCUUGUAUACACAGGAAGAAGGACCUUCCAAUCAGCCCGGUGUACGGGUCGGGACAUAAGAAACGGUUCUUCGGCGGUGACGACACUGUGUUCAAGUCUCCGAUGCCGCAGAGCUCGUGUGGAUGUCCUAGUCGAGCAGUGCACCGCAACAGCAAGUCCUCCCUCAAAGACAGCCCCAUGAUCACGCCAGAGAGGGCGGCGCGCAGGAGAGUGUCUCUCGCCCCGUCGGCCUUCACGCCAGCCAACCCCCACAAGACCCCCUUCCUCACACCCUUCCGGGCCGCGGCCCAGAGAACACCAUUCCGAACACCCAAGAGUGUCCGAAGAGGGGCCCCACAACCAGAGGAAGAGCAGAGGAUUCUGGGAACCCCGGACUAUCUGGCUCCCGAGAUUCUGCUACAGAAACCACAUGGCAUGGCCGUCGACUGGUGGGCUCUCGGAGUCUGUCUGUUCGAGUUCCUCACUGGCAUCCCGCCCUUCAAUGAUCAAAACCCAGAGUCGGUCUUUGAAAACAUCCUGAACAGAGACAUCCCGUGGCCGGACGAGGAGGAAGCACUGAGUCAGCAGGCCCAGGACGCCAUUGACCGUCUGCUCACCACCAACCCAGACGACCGACCUGGAGCCAAAGAUGUGAGACAACUGCCCCUGUUUUCUGCGGUCGACUGGGACCAUGUCCUGGAUAUGGAGCCGGCCUUUGUUCCUCAACCAGAUGACGAGACAGACACAACUUACUUUGAAGCACGGAACACCUUGCAGAACUUGAUUGUGAGUGCCGUGGAUCUGUGAGAGCUGUUGAUCUAGGAGUGCCGUCGAUCUGUGGACCUAGGAGUGCCGUGGAUAUGUGAGAGCUGUGGAUCUAGGAGUGCCGUGGAUCUGUGAGAGCUGUGGAUCUAGGAGUGCCGUGGAUCUAGGAGUGCUGUGGAUCUGUGAGCACUCUGAAUCUAGGAGUGCCGUGGAUCUGUGAGCACUCUGAAUCUAGGAGCGCUGUGUAUCUUUGAGCACUUUGAAUCUAUAUAGGACAUGUAGAUUCGCCUCUCAGGGCUUCAUACAACAUAUGGCCCUGCUGUAUUGACACAUCGACACAUGGCCCUGCUGUAUUGACACAUCGACACAUGGCCCUGCUUGGUGGGGAUGGUGAGAUGUUUAACAAUGUUGACAAAUGUGUGUAUGCGUUGUUAUUCAUAACUAACAUAACAAUGACCUAUUGUAGAAGUCUGUAUUCGACAGUACCAACACUGUACGCUGCUGUUAGACAUCAAGUACCAGCCUGUCAUGGAUGUGUACUUCUUAGUAUUUAUUGCUUCAACUUUUACCGUAGGGGAACCAAGUGCCACGCGUCUGGCCGUGCUUCUCACAGGGACGGAAUACUUCUACGUUAGUAACAUUGCCAUGGAGGAUUUUAACAAGGUUUUACACGUGUCUCAUCUGUACAGCCAAUGAUCUUGUUUCCUGAGGAUCUAUGGGAGUACACGCAGCUUGAGUAUUGUAACUGUAGUUGAUGGUCGACCGGGAGGGCUUCUGAUACCUAGUCAUGAAGAGUUCACCAGUGUGUCUCUGUUGUAGAGUAGACUGUAGCUAGUGGAUGGUAGAUAGGUUGUGUUGUGUUCUGGCUCACAUGUUUACCAGGGAUAUAACACCAUCCUCGUCCACCAGCAGUCUCAUCACAGGUGACUAACGGGGUCGAUGCGGUGGAGAUCCGGGGUAGAAUAGGUUUUCAACAACCCAUGCUUGCUGUAAGAGGCAAUUAUGCCUGUCCUAAGAGGCGACUAGCAGGAUCCGGUGGUCAGGCUUG